AUGUUCGCUCGUGCUGCUCUCCGUACCCCUGUCUCUGCUGUCCGCGCCCCUGCUGCCACCCGUCUGUUCUCGCAGACCGCCACUGCCAACCGCAAGGUUGCCGUGCUCGGUGCGUCGGGCGGUAUCGGCCAGCCUCUCUCGCUUCUCCUGAAGCUCAACAGGGACGUGACCGACCUCCGUCUCUACGACAUCCGCCUCGCCCCGGGUGUCGCUGCUGACAUCUCGCACAUCAACACCCCGGCCAAGACCACCGGUUACGCCCAGGAGGACCUCGAGUCGGCCCUCGACGGCGCCGAGGUCGUCCUCAUCCCCGCCGGUGUCCCCCGCAAGCCCGGCAUGACCCGUGACGACCUGUUCAACGCCGCCGCCAAGGUCUGCCCCAAGGCCCACAUGGCCAUCAUCUCGAACCCCGUCAACUCGACCGUCCCCAUCGUCGCCGAGGUGUUCAAGAAGGCCGGUGUCUACGACCCCAAGCGCCUGUUCGGUGUCACCACCCUCGAUGUGACCCGUGCCGCGACCUUCCUGUCGGGCAUCGCCAACUCCAACCCCGAGACCACCAAGGUCCCGGUCAUUGGUGGCCACUCGGGUGUGACCAUCGUCCCCCUCCUUUCGCAGGCCCCCGGCUCGGAUGCCGUCUCGGCUGGCGAGCAGUACGACAAGCUCGUGCACCGCAUCCAGUUCGGUGGUGACGAGGUCGUCAAGGCCAAGGACGGUGCGGGCUCGGCUACCCUGUCGAUGGCCUACGCCGCCGCCGUCUUCACUGAGAGCCUCCUCAAGGCCCUCAACGGCGAGAAGGGUGUCAAGGAGUGCACCUUUGUCGAGUCGCCUCUCUUCAAGGAUCAGGCUGAGUUCUUCGCCUCGCCCGUCGAGCUCGGCACCGAGGGUGUGCAGAACAUCCCCGCCCUGCCCAAGCUCACUGCUGAGGAGCAGAAGCUGCUCGACGCCUGCCUGCCUGACCUUGGCAAGAACAUCAAGAAGGGUGUCAGCUGGGUCGCCGAGAACCCGUAA